AUGUAUGAAGUCAGGCAGCCUAGGUGUAAUGGGACGUAUUUAGAUGGAUAUUCCUAUCUAGACGUGCCGUACGUACAAGGAAUCGCUAAAGAAGAAAUGAGAAAGAAGGAUUGUUGUUGUGAAUAUCUUAGUAACCUAGCAGGUCAGGGCAGUUAA